AUGUCUUCUCCGACCACCCAGACUUCUAGUGAUCGUUCUGCUAUGCCCUCAAAACUAUCUUCUUGUGUCAUUGGAAUCGAUGUUGGUGGCACCAAUACCGAUUCUGUCAUUCUGCAAGGCGACAAUGUCCUCGCCUGGCACAAAACUCCAACUACUUCAGACAUCCAGGAUGGCGUGGAAAAAGCCAUUGAGGAGGUGGUGAAGAAGGCCGGGAUAUCUCCUCAUCACGUGGGUUCUGUCAAGAUUGGCACAACGCAAUUUGUCAAUGCUGUCAUGGAGCAGGACUCUAGCAAGCUGGACAAAGUUGCUGUGAUCCGAUUAUGUGGACCUUAUUCAAGAGGGUCGCCACCUUUCGUCGACUUCCCUUCAAAGUUGCGGACGUUGAUGCAAGGACACGUUGGAUACGUUGAUGGAGGAUAUCAAGUCGACGGAGCGGUUGUUGCUGAAUUGAGUGCAGACCAGCUCAAAGAGCAAGCUACAAUCAUCAAAUCAAAGUCCAUCAGCAGUAUCGUUGUCGUCGGGAUAUAUUCGCCCUCGAAUCCAACGCAAGAAGAAGAAGCACGUCGUAUUCUAUCAUCAGAGCUCGGUCCUGGCUACGAUAUCUCCUGCUCACAUGCAAUUGGCCGUCUAGGCUUCCUCGAAAGAGAAAAUGCCGGUAUAUUAAACGCAAGUCUACGGCGCUUUGCUCGUCACGUCAUAGCAGGAUUCUCCUAUGCGGUCCAAAGGCUAGGCAAAUGUAAGCUAUACAUUACGCUUAAUGAUGGGACCUUAAGUAAAGCAAUCACUGCUGCUCAGUACCCUGUCCGAUGCUUCUCCUCCGGUCCAACCAAUAGCGCAAGAGGAGCUGCUUUACUAGCAAAGUCUCAACAACUGGGCGACUCAGCGUCAGAUGAAAGAGAAGUUCUUGUAGUUGAUGUUGGAGGAACUACGACCGAUAUAUGUGCGUUGUUAAAAACAGGCUACCCACGUCAAUCCGGUGCUUUUGUAAAGAUAGCCGGAGUCAGAACCAAUUUUACGAUUCCAGAUGUUCACAGCAUUGCCUUGGGUGGUGGCUCACUGAUCCGCAUCAAGGAUACAAGGACUUCUGUCGGACCUGAUUCGGUUGGAUCAAGGCUGGAGCAGGAAAGUAUUGCAUUUGGCGGAGAAACAUUGACAGCAAAUGAUCUCGUAUUCUCUAGUGAAGAGACUGAUCUCGUCCCGUCGAAAUUGAAAGCGUUGGGGCUUAAAGAGAUUGCUAGGAAACUCGAGUCAGCCAUUGACUUGGUAAAGACAAAGCAAGGAGAUGCAAAAGUGAUCCUUGUCGGAGGUGGAAGCAUCAUUAUCGCUGACAAGAUUGCUGGUGUGGGAGAGAUUAUUCGUCCGAAAUAUUUGGAAGUAGCUAAUGCAGUGGGUGCUGCGAUUAGUAAGAUUGCUGGCUCUGUGGACACUACAUUCGUACCAGGAGCAAAAACAAUUGACCAAGCAAUCGAGGCUGCGAAAGCAUUAGCGACUGAGCGUUGCGUUGCUGCAGGUGGCAACAAAAACUCGAUCAAAGUGAUGGAAGUAGAUGUCGUACCCAUAUCGUAUGUCACAAAUGGAGCAACGAAACUCCUAGUACGCGUGGUGGGAGAUUUGCUUGAAGGCUAUGAAGAAAAUUUCCAUUUACCCGAAUCAUUACUGGAUGGAGAGAUUUUCCGGAAAGAAGAUCUCGAAAUUAUCCCCAAUGGGCUAUCUAAAGAUGCCAAUUACAUUUCAAAGACUUCUUCUUACGACGUCGUCGAGCAAUUGGAUAUCGAAUCAUAUCGGCCUAGGAUUGAUGGAGAUCUAUGGUAUCUAUCAGAGCUGGAUCUUCAAUUUUUUCUAGACGGUACAGGUGUUUUAGGUGUUGGGAGUUGUGGGGAACCAUACCCUACUUACAUUGCAUGUUUGGAAACACUUCGCGCUGGAGGGGAAAUUACUAUCAGGAGGCAAGACACAUUUCCCGACGAUGGUGUUGUACUUAUGAGUGGAUUUAUGGGAGGGCCGAGUGUUUAUCUUGAACGCAUACCAGGUCUUACUGAAAUCAGCGACGCUAUAGAAGCGGUUAUGAAAGCAGCUGGCUUGGAAACCUUCGACGCCGUCGUUCCCAACGAAAUCGGAGGAAUGAACGCUUUUGAAGCUUUCCUCGCGGCGCACCGUUUCAAGAAAAGCGUGCUGGAUACAGAUCUCGUCGCAAGAGCGUAUCCAUUUAUCUGGCAAACAAUUCGAUGUCUAAAUGACCUUCCGGUCGUGCCUGCAGCUAUAGCAAACGGUGCGGGUAAAACAGAGGUCUUCAAAACAGCCAAAGAUAACCUCGAAGCCGAAGAUCUAAUGCGAGGCGCGUGUGUAAAUCUCGGCUCCUUGACCGGAAUGUGCACCUGUCCCGUCUACGGCGCUGAAGCCAAAACAUUACCAAAGAACAGUUUCUCCCACGCAUGGCAAAUAGGCCGCGCCAUCGCCCUAUCCCGCUCCCUUAAACAAGACCCCCUAACCAGUCUCCUCGCCUCCGAAGACGGAAUCCUCCUCUUCAGCGGCAAAAUAAUUUCCGUCACACGCUCUGUAUCCGAAGGAUUCACUCGCGGCUCUGUCCUUCUCGAACCCUUCUCCGAGUCUCUCUCGUCCCCAACCACCAACUCCUCCUCCUCGACCCUCUUCAUCGAAUUCGAGAACGAGAAUCUCAGCGCGAUUCUUAGAAACGAGGGCGAAGAGGAUAAAGUGUUGGCGGUAUGUCCGGACCUGAUUACGCUGCUAGAUAAAUCGAAUGGGGCCCCGCUUGGCAUAAGUGAUUAUAAGUAUGGGUUGAGGGUUAGUGUUGUUGCGUUGAGGAGCCCGCCAGUCUGGACGACGGACAAAGGUCUGGAAAUGGGUGGGCCGAAGGCUUUUGGGCUUGAUAUUACGUAUAAGAGUGUUGGGACUGGCGAAUAUACUCCGCCGAAGAGCGUCUGGGAGAUGUUUGGCGAGACGGCUUCGUAA